AUGCGCGCGUGGCGCACGGACGCGACCUACCCCGUGUCCGGCGCCCCCAAGGGCCUGCGCAUCCACAGCGGCUUCGAUGUGCUCUGGAACAGCAGCAGCAUGGCGACCACGUUCCUGGGCGCGUACGGCCGCCUGCACGCGGCGCACCCGCGCGCCGCGACGUACGUGCUGGGCCACUCCAUGGGCGGCGCGCUGGCGCACCUCUGCGCGCUCGACAUACGCGCGCGGCACGACCCCCCGGACCUGCGGGUGCUGACGUUUGGGUCACCGCGCGUUGGCAACUCCGUGUUUGCCGACUUUUUCGAGCAGCACGUCGCGGAGAGCUGGCGGUUCACGCACGGCCGGGACAUCGUGCCCAGCCUGCCGCCCACAAUCAUGGGGUUCCGCCACGUGUCGCGGGAGGUGUGGGUCGUGGCGCUGGACCCCGCGCGCGGCGGCGGCGGCGGCGGCGCGCCGCAGGAGCAGCUUGUCAUCUGCGAUGAGAGCGGGGAGGACCCUACCUGCCACGCGAGCGUGUGCCACCUGGGGCUGUGCACCAGCAUCGCCGACCACCUGACAUAUCUGGGGGAGAUGAUGAUGGCAGACGGCACGUGCUGA